UUUACUUCUUAUCAUAUACGACGAACAUUAGUUGAUAAAAUUUCUUUUUAGCUGAUUAAGACUACGCUAACCCCGUGUUAUCUUGAUGUGCGUCUCGUUUACUAACCUAGAUCAUAAAAUGAAAACAUGGCUGUUUUAUGCGAUGAUGAUGAUUUUGAAGGUGGUUUCACAUGGACAGCAGUGCGAAUGUCCGGCAUCUCAGUGCCCUGAUGCUUGGAUAACAUUCCGAGGUUCCUGUUACUAUAUCAGUGACAACAUCAGCUGCGACUGGACAGAAGCUAUUCAUCAUUGCCAACAACAUGGAGCAGAUUUAGUAAUGAUUGAAAGUAAAGAUGAAGAUCUUUUUAUCAGAAGUUUGCUGGAACGAAUGUAUAGAACUCCUUCACAGCACCCAGGUCAAGAGUUUUGGAUAGGUGCUAAUGACGAGAUGAUCGAGGGUUUAUGGGUGUGGUAACAAGGGAGAUAAGCCUGUUAAUUUCACAGGAUGGUAUCCCGGGCAACCAGGAAGCGAGGGUGACGAAGACUGUGCCGUGAUUGCAAGCAGGACUGACGUAUUUAACGGCUGGCACGACGCUCCGUGUGCUGGCCUCACACUACCCUAUAUGUGAGAUAAG